AUGACUACAGCAAGAUACAGACCUACGUGGGACUUGGUACUUGAUCCAUUAGUGUCCUGCAAGCUCUGUCUUGGUGAAUAUCCCGUGGAGCAGAUGACAACAAUAGCACAAUGCCAAUGCAUCUUCUGCACCCUGUGCCUAAAACAGUAUGUGGAACUUUUGAUCAAAGAAGGUCUAGAAACAGCGAUCAGCUGUCCUGAUGCUGCCUGCCCCAAGCGAGGUCAUCUGCAAGAAAAUGAGAUUGAGUGCAUGGUUGCGUCAGAAAUCAUGCAAAGGUAUAAGAAGCUACAAUUUGAAAGAGAAGUGCUUUUGGAUCCGUGUCGGACUUGGUGUCCAUCCUCCACUUGCCAGGCUGUUUGCCAGCUCCAGGAAUCAAGCCCACAGGACCCCCAGCUGGUCCAGUGCAAAGCCUGUGACAUUGAGUUCUGCUCUGCUUGCAAAUCUAAUUGGCAUCCCGGUCAAGGCUGUCAAGAGAACAUGCCAAUGUCUUUUCUUCCAGGAGAAACGAGUUCAGUUUUUAAAAUGGAAGAAGAUGAUGCUCCAAUCAAACGCUGUCCAAAGUGUAAAGUUUACAUUGAACGAGAUGAAGGCUGUGCCCAAAUGAUGUGUAAGAACUGCAAACAUGCCUUUUGCUGGUACUGUCUGGAAUCUCUUGAUGAUGAUUUUCUCCUUAUACAUUACGACAAAGGGCCUUGUCGGAACAAGCUGGGACACUCCAGGGCAUCUGUUAUCUGGCACAGAACACAGGUGGUAGGAAUUUUUGCAGGAUUUGGUCUUCUACUUUUGGUGGCCUCUCCUUUCCUUCUACUUGCUACACCAUUUGUUCUGUGCUGCAAGUGCAAAUGUAAUAAAGGAGAUGAUGACCCUCUACCUACCUAGACUUAGAGAAGAUUGGACUCAUCACAACAUGUGUUUUGAUUUUAUUGUUGCUGUUGAUGUUUCCCUCUUGCACUUACAUUGCUGUAGCCUUACUUGCCCUGUUCUGCUUUUCAUUGACACGCAGUCUUGGUUCCAGGAACUGUUGUUACUACUGUUGCAUAGAUCUGUUCAUAAUAGACAAGGAGGGUAAUGGAAGGCAAGUUUGGUGCUAAAGGGAGACUGUGGACCCAGGUAGCUAUUUGAAAUGAAGAGGUGACACUGCUAAACAUAAUGCAAAAAAAUUUCUGUUGCCCCACUGGUGGACUGGGAACUGUGCUGAAUGACAUCAGCAAAACAAGCUGAAAAUGCAUACAAAGCUAAACUUUCUGCAUAUCUGUUCACUUCAAAAUUUGGUGUCUUAUUCCUGUAUAUAUUUAAGUUGCCUAUUGUUU